CCUCAGCGAACGCGGCGCCGGGGCCGCCCCUCCGCGGUCACGGGGCUGCGCGGUACGGCCAUGGCGGCGCCCGGCGCAGCGAUGGCGGCUCCCAGCGCCGUGUGGCUCGGCGGGGACCUGGUGGAAUGGGUGCUGUGCCCCUACGACGUCCAUCACCGCGUUCCCCGCGCGUCGCUGGAGAGGCACGCGGCGUCCUGCCGGCUCCGCAGGAUGGGAUACUCCGCCGAGGAGGAGGCCGAGAUGUACGACUCCAGCUUUUUCUACGAAAACCUGAAGGUUCCCACCAUCGCCAUGGAUAAAGAUCUACAGUUUCACAUUGUUAAGCAGGCUAGAGCCCAAAGUGCAAAGGAAGGUGCAGGCUAUAGCGAAGGUUCUUACUCAUUACUGCCCAUAGAAGUUCCUCAAAACCACAAGCGUUUCACCUGUGACCUGACCCAGGCUGACCGCCUUGCUCUUUACGAUUAUGUUGUUGAGGAGACAAAGAAACAGAGGUCCAGAUCGCAGAUAACAGAAAAUGACAGUGAUCUCUUCGUGGAUUUAGCAGCAAAAAUCACCCAAGAUGAUAGUCAGAAAGGUCCAAAGUCCCAUCUUGAAAUUCUGGCUGAAAUGCGAGAUUACAAAAGGCGGCGGCAGUCAUACAGAGCUAAGAAUGUUCAUAUAACAAAGAAGUCCUACACUGAGGUGAUUCGGGAUGUGAUUGGUGUGCAUAUGGAAGAACUCAGCAAUCAGUGGCAGGAGGAGAACAGGUUGGAUAAUGCAGAGAUAUGUGAAGGAGGGAAGUCAAAGUCCUCAGGAAGUUUAUUUUCAGAAGGGAAGACAGGCGGUCAGCUUCAGUGGACUCGCGGCAGUCUGGGGGGAGCAGUAAGGAUACGGAGUGCACAAGACACAGGAGAGACACCAGCAGGAGUCCAAGUAAACGAAGGAGGAGUCGUGAGAGAGGCAAAGACAGAGACUCUCGGAGAAAAAGAGAGAGGGAUGAAGACAAGUAUUACAAUCAUAAAAGAAGAAAGUAGGAACAAGAACCUGAUGAUUUUGUUUGUCAGCUGCUCAAAACAUAACUUCCACAAGAACUAUUGUUACUGCUGUUUUUUCCAAGACAGUAAAGGUGUGCACAUAAUAUUGGUGUUGCAUCACACCUGUGCUGCUUGGAGAUGAAAAAGUGCUACAGUUUGUCAGGAUGGAAGCAGUAUAUUUCAGAUAACAUGUAAAUCUGUAACAUUUAUACAUCUGUUAAUAAAUUAUAUUGAUCUCUCA